AGAAGAAGCGCCGCAGCCUCCCCUCAGCAUCAGCACCAGCAGAGACGUCUCCCUCCUCGCCUCCUCUCUCUCUCCUCCUCUCUCCUCUGCUCGGCUCUCCUCUCCUCUCCUCUCCGUCCACUGCGGAACAUCGGGCCUCUCGUCCUCCGUCCUCAUCGCUCCCAGCCCAGCGGCAGACCCGGCUCGCCAUGGACAACUCCGGCAAAGAGAAGGAGGCCAUGCAGCUGAUGGCUGAAGCCGACAAGAAGGUCAAAGCGUCCGGAUCCUUCCUCGGAGGGAUGUUCGGAGGAAACCAUAAGGUGGAGGAUGCCUGUGAAAUGUACGCCAGAGCAGCCAACAUGUUUAAGAUGGCAAAGAACUGGAGCGCCGCGGGGAAUGCGUUCUGUCAGGCGGCCCGGCUCCACAUGCAGCUGCAGAACAAACUGGACUCCGCCACCAGCUUCGUCGACGCCGGCAACGCCUACAAGAAGGCCGACCCACAGGAGGCCAUCAACUGUUUAAAUCAGGCCAUCGACAUCUACACUGACAUGGGUCGGUUUACCAUCGCAGCCAAACAUCACAUCACUAUAGCAGAGAUUUAUGAGUCUGAGCUGGUUGACAUUGAGAAGGCCAUCGCCCACUAUGAGCAGGCAGCAGACUACUACAAGGGAGAAGAAUCUAACAGCUCAGCCAACAAAUGUCUGCUGAAGGUCGGACACUACAGCGCUCAGCUGGAGCAGUACCAGAAAGCUAUCGAAAUCUACGAACAGGUUGCUAUGAGCACCAUGGACAAUCCUCUGUUGAAGUACAACGCCAAAGAGUAUUUCUUCAAGGCUUCGCUGUGUCACUUCAUAGUGGACGAACUGAACGCCAAGUUGGCCAUAGAGAAAUAUGAGGAGAUGUUUCCAGCCUUCUCAGACUCCAGAGAGCUCAAACUGUUAAAGAAACUCCUAGAAGCCCACGAGGAGCAGAACAGCGAGGCGUUCACGGAGGCCGUCAAGGAGUUCGACUCGGUGUCUCGCCUGGACCAGUGGCUGACCACGAUGCUGCUGCGCAUCAAAAAGACCAUCCAGGGAGACGCCGGGGACCUGAAAUAGAGAACAAGUACAGAAGGGGGAGACAGGGAGGGAGACAAGGGGAGCGGGAAGUGAAAGAAGAAAGGGAAAGAUGGAGGCAGAAAUCAGAAAACGGGGCUAAAAGUGAGGGAGGGCGGGACUGAGGGAGUUUACAGUUGUACAUAUCAGUCUGCAUGUGACCCCCCAACUAGCUAAGCAUCACCUUUAAACGACCCCCCGUCCCUCUGUUCCUGCAGUAUUGCUCUCGUAACACUGGACUGACUUGUACUUAAAGAGAAAGAAUGGAAAUAAAAAGUGUGUGUGUGUGUGUGUGUGUGUGUGAGAGAGAGUGUGUGAGAGUGUGUGUGUCCACUGCAUUAAGGUAAAUCAUAAUUUGACGGGAAAAGUGUGCAGCGCAUAUCAGAUUUAAGGAUAUAUAUGUUAAUGAAAAGGGAAUACUAAUGUUAUUUAUGAGAUUAUGAAUAUUUAUUGUCAAUACUGAGAAUAUUAUUUAUUGUUUAUUAUGAUGCUCAGUGUUACGACUUGUCUUAAUAUUUUAGGUAUUAGCCCCUCUACUCUCCUCUUUUAUUCUCCUUCACUUCCUCCCCUCGUCUGUCCGCCCUCCUCGUCUCUCUCUCUCUUUCUCCCCCCCUCGUCCUCUCCUCACCCCCUCCGAGUCAGUAAUAAUCGCCCAUCGUGAUUGGUUGGUUGUUCGUUGGUCGGUGCAGUCAGCCACCCAGCGCUCACUCCCGCCUCUGCCUCGUUUGUGCAUGUCUUGUGUCAUGUUGAUGUAAGUGUUCUCCGUGUCGUGCUAACGUGUGAACAACAUACAUGUAGCCUGGUAUCAUUUGUGUGAAAUCAGUAAAUAUGUACCUCAGAUACCGAGUUGAAAUAAAAACAUCAUCGCUCCAGAUAUCUGGCUGCUUCCUGGA